AUGCGUUUAUAAAUGAUAACUUUGUAUCAAAAUACAUUGCAAAAAAUCUGAGGUCGGUCCAGUUUAAUUCUGUCGCUUAGAAUGAACAUGAACUGCAAUAAUUUCGUUAAGUUAGACCUAAUGUUUGGAUUUCUUUUCUGUUUUGGUAUCUGCAUGAUCGGAAAUGUAUCUGCGGGCUCAUAUAAUGCAGACGACAUAUACAGCUUUUAUUACGACUGUUUUUCCGACAUGCUGUGCGAACGAAAAGUGCCAUUACGUGUGAAAGAAUGCGUCGUAAAGGUACAUAACAAGACAAAAGACACCUUUUACGAACUUUUCAAAGAAGCCACUCCCCCAGAAAAACAACAUUUAUGCUUUAUGGACGUUUUCUGGUCAGAUGAAAACGCUGUAGAAUUCAGUAAUGAGAUGUUUUGCAAGCUCAAUGAAGAGCAAAUGGCCAAGUUGUCAGAAGUCUUUGAUGAGCCGAUAAUGGAGUAUGCUUCCAGAGUUUGCUCAACUCUUGAUGGUGUCCAAGAAUGUCAAGACCUUCAAGAAUACAAUGCAUGUAUCCAUUCAUUAAUUGAAGAAAGCAUGGAAGAAGGAUAUUGCAAAUCAGUGGACAAGAGUGAGUUUGCUUUUACAAAAUGAAACUGAAGAAGGAAGUUCAAAAUGAUUUCACAGUUCUACUGGAUGUACAAAAUUAAGUACAUAAUCACUAUUGUAUUGUAAUUUUUUAUUCAUUAACUUGAAGUGAAAUA